AUGGUCAAACAUAUUAAUAUGUUUUCUAUAUUUUUUAUGUUAAAUAUUAUUGCUUAUAAAAUAUACGUUAGUGGGGAUAGGGCAUUAGACUGUAUUGUGGCGAUGCAGGAUGAAAAAUUUAUUUAUUACAGAAACAACCAGAGUUACAAUCAGGAUGGUUGGAGAGUUCGAAUAGAGGAAUACCUUCUAAAAGGUUGCUCUAAUUGUGGUGGUAAGUAA